CCUUGACAUUCGGACACGAAGGCAAUGCCAUUGAUCACUACAACCCUUUUUCGUCUUUAAUAGCAGCUACUCCCCCAACCUCUACUUCUCUCUUAAGUGCUCGCGACCACCACCAUCAAGAUCUCAAUUUACACCAUUUAACCCGCCUCUCGACCCCUUCAUAGCUGUUAUGGCUCCUUCCGCAGAAGAAGCGGCCAAGAAGGCCAGUGAAGCCAUUGCUGGCUCUGCCGUCAAGGAAUUCAAGCGAGAAUCUAAUACCGCGAGAUUCGUUGGUGCCGGUACCGCCGGUAUCGCUGAGCUUGCGAUCUUUCACCCGGUCGAUACCACCGCGAAGAGGUUGAUGAGUAACCAUGGAAAGAUCAUAUCUGCAUCACAACUUAACUCCGUCAUCUUCAAAGACAAAGCCUCCGCAUCGAUUCCCCAACGCUUCAUCUCACUCUUCCCCGGCUUGGGAUAUGCAGCUGCAUACAAGGUGCUUCAAAGAAUAUACAAGUACGGUGGACAGCCGAUUGCUCGAGAUUAUCUCGCUAAGAACCAUGGCGACAAAUUUGACAACGCAUUUGGCAAGGGCAACGGAAAAGCCAUCAUGCACGCGACGGCAGGAAGUCUCAUUGGGAUUGGAGAGAUUGUCCUUCUGCCAUUAGAUGUACUCAAAAUCAAGCGACAGACUAACCCUGAAGCGUUCCGAAAUCGUGGCUUCCUUCGCAUUAUUGGAGACGAAGGUUUUGCCCUAUACCGGGGUUGGGGCUGGACAGCAGCAAGGAACGCUCCUGGAUCGUUCGCGCUCUUUGGAGGCUCCGCUGCCGCAAAACAAUACCUAUACAAACUUGAAGACUACAACAGUGCCUCGUGGCUACAGAAUUUUGUCGCAUCGAUCGCGGGUGCCAGCGCCUCUCUCCUUGUGUCCGCUCCUCUUGAUGUCGUCAAGACCCGAAUCCAAAACCGGAACUUUGAAAACCCUGAGAGCGGAUUCCGGAUCAUUUCUAACAUGGCAAAGAACGAAGGCUUCACUAGCUUUUUCAAGGGCCUGACCCCCAAGCUUCUAAUGACAGGACCUAAGCUUGUCUUCUCCUUCUGGCUUGCUCAGACUCUGAUUCCAGCUUUCGGAAAAGUAAUGUAGAUGCACCAAACUACUGCCUGGUCUAGAUCUAUCCAGUAUAUCUUUCUUGUUCAUAUUAACAUGUACUUCGGGUCGAAACCCUGGUAGGCAUCCUUACGAAUAUUUGCUUUUCACAAGCAAGGCGUCAUAAUAGAGGACUAUACAUAGUUGCAAAAUCCACUCAUACUAUGAACCUGGUGAUCGCGACAUCUCAGUGAGACAUUGCCGUGACUGCGCCGCUAGUGAUGGUCACCAGCAUGUACCGGCAUCCUCAUCCUCACACGUGCCAGAUGUCAUAGCCUUCACAUACUAGACUCGGCAGACAAUGCGUCUGUAAAUUAGGACUCCGUGUGUCAAGUGAUCCUCACUUUGUCUACAGCCCUUGAUAGUGCCAUGUGA